AUGAAUCCGGAGCUCAGGAGACAAGUAAUCAAUGUCUACAAAGAGCUCUUGGAAAUGGGCAAGCACUAUCCUUUGGGCUACGACUAUUUCAGGCCCAGACUGCAUAAAGCGUUCAUGUCGAAAGCACAUCUGAGGAACGAGGAUGAAAUACGGCAAGGUAUUCAGCGAGCCGAGUAUGUCAAGAAGGAGAUUGAAGCUCUGUACUUCUUGAAGAAAUAUCGGUUGAUGAAGCAACGGUAUUCAUGA